ACGUCCCCUUCCUUCCGUCGCGGUUACUCUUCCGUUGAAGCUGGUCCAUUUUCUGCUCGUUUCUAGAUUUUCCCCUUUCUCUCUUCUUCACUCCACCACCUUCCUCGAACCAACCCCCUCAGGCUGAUUUAAUUCCUUUUGUUUCCUUUAGCGCAAGGUUCAAUUUUUCUUGCAAGUCAAUUUACACAAACAGAUCUCUGCGGAUUGAUCCACUUACACAGACCUGGGUCUUGAUUUCAUAUAGAGUUUUCCUAUUAUUAUCUGAUGGGUUGGAGAUACAAAGCUGGUCUUUUCUUGAUUGGCACCGUCGUUGUCAUAUGGGUCACCUCUGCAGAAGUUACUCAGGAUAUCUUUAUCGCCUAUAAGCAGCCGUUUGCAGUCACAUAUCUCGGAGCUUCUCUUAUGAUAGUUUACCUUCCCGUAGCAUUCCUCAAAGACUGGCUUUGUCGAUAUUUAGAGCAACGGCGAUCUUCCAGAAGCAAUAAAGUUCCCGCCUUGACCGAUGAGCCCUCCUCGGGAGAGAUCGGUUCUCCUCUGACGCACAAAAUCAUUGAAAUGGAACUUCAAGGGACUAUCACUAAGAAAGAUAGUGAGGAAGACUUUUCAUCCCAUGAAGAAGAUGCGAGACCUUUGAUCGGUAAAGGGAAAGAAGAGACACAGACUCCGAAACAUGGGAAAGAGAUCACCACAAAGCAGAUUGCAAUGUACGGGCUUUACCUCGCACCAAUCUGGUUUGUAACAGAGUAUCUGUCCAAUGCUGCUCUUGCUCGUACAAGUGUGGCAAGCACUACUGUAUUGUCCUCAACCUCAGGACUGUUUACUCUUUUCAUUGGUGCAUUUCUGGGUCAAGAUACUCUGAACCUGUCGAAAGUAGUUGCUGUAUUUGUCAGUAUGGCCGGUGUGGUCAUGACUACGCUCGGGAAAACUUGGGCUGCUGAUGAGUCACAAUUAAAUUCUUCACUCAACGGGCAACGGUCCCUUGUGGGAGAUCUCUUUGGGCUUCUCUCUGCAGUCUCGUAUGGACUAUUUACAGUGCUUCUAAAGAAGUUUGCCGGUGAAGAAGGAGAAGGAGUUGAUGUGCAAAAGCUGUUCGGAUACAUAGGAUUGUUCACACUUGUUGCUCUCUGGUGGCUUGUGUGGCCAUUGACAGCAUUAGGAAUCGAACCCAAGUUUACGAUACCGCACUCUGCCAAAGUUGAUGAAGUUGUAUUGGCUAAUGGUUUCGUUGGAAGUGUCCUCUCUGACUAUUUCUGGGCACUUUCUGUGGUGUGGACGACUCCGCUAGUAGCGACACUGGGAAUGUCUCUCACCAUUCCACUGGCGAUGGUUGCUGACAUGAUGAUUCAUGGUCGUCAUUAUUCCGCCAUCUACAUUCUUGGCUCUACUCAGGUGUUUGCUGGAUUCGUAAUAGCUAACAUCUCGGACUUGUUCUCAAAGAAGCUUGGUUUGUAACAGUGGCUUCAAGCUUGUCAAUGAUUCUUUUUUUUUUUUUUUGUGGUGUUUCUGGGUAGAAAUUGUAUCCUAGAUUCAUGGUUGAAGUGAAAAGUUUAUAGAUUUUUUUUUUCUGUUUACAUGAAUGAAAGAAAAGAAUGUGAUUACCACAGUUUUUGAUUUCCAAUAUGUUCGCACUGUGAAACAGAGUGAGAGGACCUGAGAGACAUGUAACUGUCGCUGUUCUUUUUGGCGGCAGCAAU